AUGGACCUCAGCCAUUGCCACUCUCUCUCGCCUUCACUACACCUGCUCCCAAUCCUCCUCCUCGCCAUACCGACCCCCAUCUCACCACUACACACGCACCUCGCUUUAACGGGGCCAGGCACUGGUAUAGGCAGUGUGGGGAAAUCCUACUUCCUCUCCCUUUUCACUUCGACCCUCACGCUAUGUCUCGGCCUCCAAACGCCCCUUGGCCCCACGACACUCAAUGGGGGCGAGUAUCCCGCCUGCGCGGCCCUCACGACGGGAUACGUCUUCCGCGUCGAGAAUGCCGCGACGGUGGCGUUUCUGCAGAAGAUGACGCGCACGGGAUGUCUUAUGCGGUUUGAAGUGGGUGACGCCCCAGCCGCCGAGGUGGAGACGGGGUCGGAGGCGAGGGCGGACUCUCACUCUCAGGCCCGUGGAGAGGAUGUCUCAUCAAGCUCGACCUCGACUUCUCACCGACGCUCCUCCCUGCCCAACCUGUCCGUGGCAUGUCUCCCCACGACGAUCCUCCUCUCGUGGACUUUUUUCCCCCUUCGCGCGUCCUCAUUCGACGUGGUGAGCGCCACACCCUCUUUCAUAUGCUCACUCACGCUCCUCCUCCUGUCGCGCCUCCUCGCGACGAUCGCCUUCCUCGACCGCACCCGCGCGGGGUCCCAAUCCGGAUGGCACGGCGCCCCCGAACCAGGCGUGCACGGGGACCUGCUCAUCCUCUUGUCCGAGGACCGCUGGGCCAGGAUGAGUGGCCUGGUUGAUGAUCUCAAGGCCGUGACCUCGGGCCGGUGGCUUGCGAGCCGCCGGCGGGACGGGGCCGCGGGCGUUGUGUCCCUGUCUGCGUCCACGCUCAUGGACUGUCUAGAGUGGACAGCGGCAAUGAUGGUGUGGGUUGAAGUCGUCGUGCUCGGAGGGGCGAGUGAUUUGGAGAAGGCGAUGCUUGUCGGGACGGUGGUCGCGGGGCACUUGAUUCUCGUGUAUGAGAACGCGAGGGCAGCGCAGAUGGUCAUGAAAGGGCGGGUUGUCAACGUGGCCAAGGGCCCCAGCGCGGUGAAGAGGUAUGUGCGCCGUUUGGACAUGGCGCGGGAACUGAUCAGGGAGGUUGGGAGGAGUGAUUUUGCGGUGCGGUUGGGGUUGAUCAAUCCGGAGCAAGUGAGCGAGCUGGGAAAAGACCACGAGAAGAUAAGAAAUGAGGUGGUGACCAUGUAG